AUGAACAAUGACUUAAGCAAGUACACAGAUGGAUUAAUUGGUGUAUACGAGAAAGAAAUUGAAAAGUUGAUUGAACAAAAUCAAGUGCGUCAACUCCCAGAAACACUCAAAGCAGAUAUUUCAAGUGAGGUUGAGACAUUUAAGACAAUGUUGAAUCUUGGUCUUACCACUAAAACUGAAAUUGAGAUAGAUGGAUCGUUGUUUUCGACCUUAUCAACUAAGUUAAGUGAAGAUUGUCCUUUACUUUUUGAAAUUGUUGGAAGUCUCCUGUUAGUUUCAAGUGAUGGGAGUGUGAAAACUGGUAGAAGAGUCCACAGUGCAAGCCAUGCCCUUGCAAUUUUAUGUAGUCUACGCAGUCAAAAGAUCACAAAUGAUUUUAAGAUAUUAUUUACUCUGCUAUGUAUAUCUCAUGGGGCUGGAAUGAGAUUUGUUGGUAUGCUGAAUCAUAUUGGUUUAACUGUCAGCUGGAAGAAAGCGAUGCAAGUUCUUGAUGACUGA